AUGUCAGAGUCGGAAAAUAGUAUACAUAGACAUCUGUUUGAACAUCCACCUUCAGAUCAACAUGUUGCUUGGGGUUGGAACAAGGAGGGACAGUUGGGCACAAGCAUUCAUUCGAGACAGGAGGCAGAGACAUCGCCACAGACCAUAUCAAAGGUAUUCUUUACAAGAGACUUGUCAGUUGGUCUAUCACAUACAUUGUUCAUCUCGAGGAAUGGUGAGGUGUACGCCACAGGCAAGGGCAGAUACGGACGUCUAGGUCUCUCAGACGAGCGCACUCAGACUGUACCCGUACGACUCAGCUUCAGCAAGCGUGUCCUACGAGUGUCGGCUGGCUCAUUCCACAGCGCCUUUGUCACUGAACGUCUUGAGCUCUACACAUUUGGUCGUGGAGAGAGUGGUCAACUUGGACAUGGCGAGCUUGUCGACGUACUCACGCCUCGUCUUGUCGAAGGUCUGACGGACCCUGUCGAUCUUGUCUCAUGUGGCGCAGAUCACACAAUACUAACAACGCUGAAGGGAUGCGUCUAUGGAAUGGGCGCGAACAAACAUCAUCAGGUCAAUGAGAUGGACGUGGCGAUACUACCGACACCAGUGUUUGUUGACUUGAAUCCAUUGGUUGACUCACUGACUGCUCGAGCGUCUGAUAUCACUGGUCUGUCAGCGGGAACAGGCUUCAAUGUUGCAAUCAAGAAGGGAGUGCUCUAUGCAUGGGGAUUGAACGCGGCUGGUCAGUGUGGAGCAUCAUCAAAGGACGAGACAAUCGCUCGUCCACACAAGAUCAAAGUGCCCUCGGCCAAGGGCAACACCAAGCGCAUCUUCACUCAGGUCGCCACUGGCAUGUCACACGCCGUUGCCGUCACUGAGGAGGGCGAGGUGUUUGGCUGGGGAUCAUCUCAGCAUGGCCAACUCGGUCUUGGUAUGAUGACCGAUGUGGUCACAGUCGACACAUCAAAGCCAGUGCGCAUUGGAGAGUCACUACUCGCAGAGUACGUGAUCAAGGUUGCAUGUGGCGCCUUCCACACCCUGGUGCUCACAUCAACAGGUUAUCUGUACAGUUGGGGACUCAAUGACUAUGGUCAAACCGGUCCAGAAGGAGUUGGCGGCAUCACAAGUGUACCUCAUCGAAUGCGUAUACCUCAGCGUGGAAAGGAUGGUUCAACAAUCAUGAGCAUUGCAGCUGGAGGCAGGUCAUCAAUGGCCACAAGAUACUAUCCAACAUUGGUCAAGGUUAGAGAGUCAACCUAUGACAAGGACAUUCAUUCAAUAUACCUCAACAACCAACAUACUGAUUGCAAGGUGGUCUUGCGAGCGAAGGAAGGAGGUGAUGAGGACAAGCAUGUCAACGCACACAAGAUCAUCAUGGCAAGACAUUCACAAUUCGUCGAGCAGUUGGCAGGUGACACAAUCGAUGCAACCGAAUCAUUCACCAGUAUACCAGACCUCAGUAGCUUCCUCGGACGACUAUAUUCAAACAAUGUUGCAUACUCAUUGGCCAAAGUACAGGACCAAGCAAUCCAUGCUCACAAGUGUAUACUUGUGAGUAGGUCCAACAAACUCAAGGUGGAGCUAGAGUCCCAAUUCCAAGAGGCACUGAACAAGACCCUGUAUAUAGACAACGUUGAUCCAAGUGUAUAUCUCACCUUCCUCCACUAUCUCUAUACUGACAAGCUACACAUUGAUCAAGAGAAUGCGAUGAACUUGUUGGAGCUGGCUCAUGAACAGGAUAUGGAGAGGAUGUUGGAAUUGGUACAAGAGUAUAUUAUUAAUGUUGUGGACGAGGAUUCGGUAUCAUUCAUCUAUGAGACAUCGAUGAGAUUGGGUUUGGAAACACUCAGCGAUUACUCAGAGUAUUAUAUCUCCAAGAAUAUGGAUGCAGUGGCACAGACUGACACAUUCAAUGCGUUGCCCGACGACCUAAAGAAGAAGCUAUCACUUCACCUUGUCCAAGAGGGCAAGAAGGCCAAGGGCAAGCAACAGAACUGUAUAAUCAACUAA